AUAACCCUCGGGGCGUUUUUCCACAAUCUUGAUUCCCGAUUUUUUUCCUUGGGAGUUGCCUGCCUUUUUAUUACUACUUAAGAGUCUCACCACGAGGUCGUUCCGGGAUAGAAGAAGGAAGCGUCGCCACACUUACCCACCACGACUGCAGAUCAAUUGCUGAUAGUUUUAAUUGCUUUAAUUUGAUUUCGGCGAGACCGGUGUACUUAAUUUAGCCGCUGUUAGCCUGCUGCGCUAACGAAGAUCGAUCUGCUUUUGGAAAAGUUGACAGAUGCAGGCCAUAAAGUGUGUGGUUGUCGGGGACGGGGCUGUUGGUAAAACAUGCCUCCUCAUCAGUUACACAACCAACGCCUUUCCUGGGGAGUACAUCCCCACAGUUUUUGACAACUACUCUGCUAAUGUGAUGGUGGAUGGGAAACCGGUCAACUUGGGACUGUGGGAUACAGCCGGACAGGAGGACUAUGACAGACUCCGGCCUCUGUCUUACCCACAAACGGAUGUGUUCCUGAUCUGCUUUUCCCUUGUGAGUCCUGCCUCUUUUGAAAACGUCAGAGCUAAGUGGUACCCUGAAGUGAGACAUCAUUGCCCUAACACCCCCAUCAUUCUGGUGGGUACCAAGCUGGACCUGAGAGAUGAUAAAGACACAAUCGAGAAGCUGAAGGAGAAGAAACUGGCCCCCAUCAUCUACCCACAGGGCCUGGCCAUGGCGAAAGAAAUAAGUGCAGUCAAGUACCUGGAGUGUUCAGCUCUGACACAGCGCGGCCUUAAAACAGUCUUUGAUGAAGCCAUCCGGGCGGUCCUGUGCCCCCCACCUGCCAAAAAGAAGAAGAAGGGCUGCACAUUGUUGUAAUGGAACCCCGGCAGGUCAACUCACCCACUGCAUCGUGGCAGAUGGCUCCAAACCCACACGCAUCCGUGUCCUUGCUUUUCUAGACCCUCGGGUAGAGAUGAUUCCACUCUUAAGAACUUGAUGAAAACUUUCGGUCAGCCCUGGUUGUUGGGAAUAUUUUCAGUCCUUUGAUAUUAACAGGAAUUUGACGACUCUGUUGUGUGCGACAGGCGUAGAAGGAUAUUUAGCAAAGUACGAAAAAGCUUUUGAAAAGACUAAUCGUGAAUUUUAUCCCAAAAUGAUGAAGAAAAAGUCCUGCACUGAUUCCAGCUGCCUUGCUCAAAUUUAAAAGUACGAUUUCCCCCACUCCACCCCCCAUUUUUCCUUUUAAAACAAUUUUAUUUUGUUUACGUGUGUCUCUGAUGUGUUGCCAAAAAUGUCCAAUAUCACCAAAAACUCAUGCAUGUAAAGUCACCUUCAUGGGCUGGCGAAGCAGAGUGCUUGGCGAGAAUGUUUAUUGGAGCCGUUGAGUGUGUCACGGCGGCUUCCGUUUUCCCGAUUGAUUUGUUGGAUAAUUAUCACCAAGUAGCUGCUUUCGCCUGAAAUGAUUUCUGCUUCACACUAUUACACACAGUAUUGUCCUGUACCUGCUGCAGUAGUUUUUGAUUCCAUCGGUCGUUUUUCAAUUUAGCAUUUUUAUAUUUCACCGGAGAGCGAUGAUCAAAAAUCAGCCCUGCUCAGCCAUUUUUAAAUCAGAAACAUUUUAAUGCACCUCUGACUUUUCUCGCUCCCAUGUGCUUUUCUUUUCACAUUCUAAUUUUUUAAGUAAAUAAAAUCAUUGAAAAAAAUGGAUGGCUCUUUUGUUAUCAAAUAACAUUGCUGAUUAAGGUUCACGAUACGAGGCCAUUAAAAUACAUGCCGAAAUAAAGUGCCUAAAUAUGUGAAUACACACAGGAUGUAAUGUGGAAAGUCCAAUAUAAAGAUGUUGGAAAUGCAUGCAGAAGGUCUUGGAUUCUUUGUUUUAACAAUAUUGUUACACGUUACUAACUGAAUCAGCCUUAAACAAAAGUGUAUUACAUAU